GGAAUGGGAAACAAAACGUCUCCCUCGUACACGCAGUCUUUGAUAGCGGGAGGCGUUGCAGGCACCUCCGUCGACUUGCUCUUCUAUCCGAUAGAUACAGUCAAGACACGACUUCAAUCUGCGCAAGGAUUCAUUUCAGCUGGAGGAUUUCGAGGAAUUUACAAGGGUGUCGGAAGUGUAAUCAUCGGGAGUGCCCCAGGUGCUGCCGUCUUUUUCUCGACCUAUGAUACCCUCAAGCGUAUCUCACCAUUGCAUGAAAAGCAUGCGGCUGUGACCCACAUGGUCUCAGCAUCCGUAGCCGAAGUCGCUGCAUGUUUAAUCCGCGUACCGACAGAAGUUGUGAAGAGCAGAGCCCAAACUUCGGCGGAAGGCAAAGCUCUGGGUUCUUCGCUCACAGCCGCACGAUACAUCUUAGUGCACGACGGCCUUUCUGGGUAUUAUCGCGGAUUUGGGUCGACCAUCAUGCGCGAGAUCCCGUUCACUUCCAUCCAAUUCCCAUUAUACGAGUUCUUCAAAAUGGAAUCUGCUCGUGCGUUAGGUCGAGACUCGUUAGGCGCACAUGAAGCCGCCGUGUGCGGCAGCAUCGCUGGUGGUAUCGCCGCAGCCCUCACAACGCCCCUUGAUGUCGUCAAAACUCGAACAAUGCUUGAUCUUCGAAAAAUAUCCUCAAUGGAUACACCAUCCUUUUUGGCUCGCUUCAAAGACAUUUACGUGAAAGAGGGUAUUAAGGCGCUAUUCGCCGGUGUUGUGCCUCGGACACUUUGGAUCUCAGCAGGUGGCGCUGUCUUCCUUGGAGCGUACGAAUGGACUGUACAGAGCCUAAUGGACGUAAACGGACGUUUACACAAAUGAACCUAUACAUUCUAUCUACACCCUCUUUAAUAAUAAUACAGCAUUUCAUAGACUAAUAGAGGGAAAAUGUUUUUGCUCUGCUUAACUCGGAUUUAUCGCACUUACUGCAACCCCGAAUUGCAAGAAUAGAACGAGACUCG